CUCCCGAGGCAUGCUUCACGGAUGGCCGACAGUGUUGUGGUCCCUUUGUGAGUCUCUCCACAGUGCUCUCCCCUGGCUGAGGUUCGUUGCAGCUGUGGCUUCUCAAUAGGGCUUAUUGUAGACGCGCGGAGUGUGAGCGAGCAGCGCAGUGAUUGAGCGGAACGGAGGGAAAGACGCCUGUAGUGCAGGGAUGCUCCUGUUUCCUUCACUCACUCGGGGAGAGCGCGUCUAGAGCGGCUGCGACGUGACGGAAUCCUUCUGCAUUUUCACAAGAACGUUCACAAUUUAUAAACACGCGAAGGACCAGGAGGAAAAGGUUUGAGAGCUUCAGCUACAAUCAUCGUUCAUUCCUGUGGUCUUUCCCAUCAAUCACCGGUCAGACGGUCUGCUUUAUCCCGCUACCCACGCCAGUGCUGAGGGUGGUGCACAAUUUCCCAGGAGCCACCUUAUAGCCUCAAGAUCUUUGGUGCCUGUUCAAUACGGAGGAGUGUAUUUUUUAUUUCCUUCUUUUUUUUUUACGUUCAUCCUUUAAUCCAAAUGAUGCACAUAGGCUCUGCAGUGUGGACUGGACUGACUGUAAUGACUAUGUUGCUGUUAGCCCAGUGGGACGUGGGCUGCUGGGGGAUGACUCUGAACUCUAUCCCGCUCCACCCGGCUUCCCUCAGGCCCUUCAGAGCUAGUGUGGGUGCAUCCCUUCAAAGACACAAGCGCAACUGGGUGUGGAACCAAUUCUUCGUCCUGGAGGAGUACACGGGAGAUGACCCUCUUUAUGUUGGCAAGCUUCAUUCCGAUGUGGACAAAGGUGAGGGCAAUGUAAAAUACGUGCUCAAUGGCGAAGGUGCAACAUCUAUUUUCACCAUCGAUGAGAACACAGGCGACAUACAUGCCACGAAGCGCCUGGACCGGGAGGAACAGGCCUACUACACACUACGAGCUCAGGCCAGAGACCGGGCCACCAACCUGCCAGUAGAACCAGAGUCAGAAUUCGUUAUCAAAGUGCAGGAUAUCAAUGACAAUGAGCCCAAGUUCCUGGAUGGCCCUUACAAUGCUCAAGUACCUGAAAUGUCUCCUGUUGGCACAUCUGUAGUUGAGGUUAAGGCGACUGACGCAGAUGACCCCACAUAUGGAAACAGUGCCAGAGUCGUGUACAGCAUCCUUGAAGGACAACCCUACUUCUCAGUGGACCCAAAGACAGGCAUUGUGAGGACGGCUCUGCCCAACAUGGAUCGAGAAGCACGGGACCAAUAUCUGCUGGUGAUCCAGGCCAAAGACAUGGUUGGUCAGAUGGGAGGACUCUCAGGCACAACGUCGGUGACGGUCACGCUGACGGAUGUUAACGACAACCCGCCCCGUUUUUCACGGAAACUAUUUCUAAACUUUUUCCUCUGCUCUCCCUCCCUCCUUUUGUGUUCUUUACCUCAGAAUCUUGACUUUGAAACAAAGUCAAGCUACACUCUGAAAAUUGAGGCAUCCAACAGGAACAUAGACCCACGGUUCUUGUCUCAAGGACCGUUCAGUGAUACAGCGAUGGUAAGACUGACUGUGGAGAAUGUAGAUGAGCCUCCUAUCUUCUCCUCUCUGGUCCGCAAAAUGGUCGUCUCUGAAGCUGCUAAAGUGGGAACCAUCAUAGGAACCGUCUCUGCUCUGGACCCAGACUCCACCAAUAGCCCUAUUAGGUAUUCAAUAGACAGAAACACAGAUUUGGAGCGAUUUUUCAACAUCGAGGCAACAACAGGAGUCAUCAGCACGGCUAAGCCUUUAGACAGAGAAGCCAAUGCUGUACAUAACAUCACCAUCCUGGCUAUUGAAAGCUUGGAUCCGUCGCAGGUUGGGAAAGGAGUAGCUCUGAUCACAGUGAUGGACAUUAAUGACAAUGCGCCAGUCUUUGCCAUAGAGUAUGAGACCUUCCUGUGUGAAAGCGUUGGACCAGGACAGGUCAUUGAAACCAUAAGUGCAGUGGAUAAAGAUGAACCACCCAGCGGGCAUCGCUUCGUCUUCUCCCUCACUGCAGAGACAGCUGGGAACAUGAACUUCACCCUCCGAGACAAUAAAGACAAUACCGCUUCUAUUCUAACUAAGAGGGGUGGUUUUCAGAGGAGGGAACAGUCUAUGUAUCGACUGCCGGUGUUGAUAAUGGACAGUGGGACCCCUGCUCUCAGCAGCACUAACACGCUGUCUGUUAGAGUGUGUGACUGUGACCCUGAUGGGACGCCCCAGUCAUGUGGCACAGAGGCCUUCACGCUGUCAGCUGGACUCAGCACUGGAGCUCUCGUCGCCAUCCUGGCCUGCAUCAUCACUUUACUUGUGCUGGUGCUGCUGAUUGUGACAAUGAGGAGGAGGAAGAAGGAGCCUCUGAUCUUGGACGAAGACCGGGACGUGCGGGAGAACAUUGUGCGCUACGACGACGAAGGUGGAGGCGAGGAAGACACAGAGGCCUUUGACAUGGUGGCCUUGCGAAACCUCAAUGUAGUGAGAGACAGCAAAGCCCGCCGAGACGUCACCCCGGAGGUGCCCACCCUUUAUUGCUCCCGCCCUCCACCUUACAAAAUCACCCCAGACAACGGGAUCUUCCGGGAGUUUAUAUGGGACCGCCUGAAGGACGCCGACGUCGAUCCUUCUGCACCUCCCUACGACUCCCUGCAGACAUACGCUUUCGAGGGCAGCGGCUCAGUGGCCGAAUCCCUCAGCUCCCUAGACUCCCUGAGCUCAGACUCAGAGCAGAACUAUGACUAUCUGAGCGACUGGGGACCUCGCUUCAGGAAGCUAGCCGACCUGUACGGCCACGGCGACAGCAGCAAUAUAUUCUCCUCCUAGCCGGGAUUAAAAUUCCUGCCAAGGUCUGCUCAAUCAAGGGCAUAAUGGAAAUGAACAAUGAUCAAGAGAAUACCACUGACUCAUCGAUGCUUGACAGAAGAGGGGAGCAAAAAAGGGGAACAUUCAGUACGGAGUGGGGAGUUAUAUCUGCAGAGAGCAGCAGUUUUGAUAGCCAAUUGACGGUGGGGAUUCGAGUCGGAAGCACUUCUAUUUAAAUUGCAGUUAGAUGUCAAGACUGGACUCGGGGUGUGGUUGCAAGCUCCCAAAGAG